AUGAAAAUCUGUGAAAAGUGUGGACUGGAAAAACAUGAUGGAGACUGUACCCGAUCUGAGACAUGUGCGAACUGUGGAGAGGCACAUCCGGCAUGGAGUCGACAGUGUUUCUUCUUCAAGAAGGAGUUCGCUAUUUUGCAGUUGAAGGCGAAAUUUCAGAUCUCAUACUUCGAGGCCAAAAGACGCUAUAAUGAAAGCCAAAGACGCGAUGAAUCGUAUGACAAGGUAACAGCCAAACGACAAGUUCAGCCACCCCUGAUUCAGAAUGACAAGUCGCAGAAUUUGAACAAUGGUCCAAACGGGAUCUUUUUCACAUUCUCGGCUUACAAGGACAGAGGACCUCCUGAUACAGGUGAAUCAGCUUCACCUGAAUCGCCACCCAAACCAACAGCAAGGAAACCAAAAUCAGACAGCCAAGAUUGCAGUACUCCCCUGAAGAAUUCUUCUUCAACGGGAUCAAAUGAACUGCAAUCUCUCACAGCAGACGUCCCUUUGGGUGAAUCCAGGAAUUUGGAUAUCACCGGUAUUGGCAACAUUCCACUUCCGGAGAAGUCUUCUUCAACGGAAUCAGAGGCAGAGAUCUUUUUGGGGGAAUCCAGUAAAAUGGAUACCACCGGUAUUGAAGACAUUUCAUUGAGUACGACAGGAAAACUUAUCAGGAACACCAACGACAUUGUUUCCGAAAUCUUUGAAAACUAA